ACAAACCCAGAUGGCGGGUUGGGCUGGGCGGCCCCCCCAAUGCUGCAGCAGCAGCGGCGGCGGAGGCAGCCAAAGCAGCCGGGGCUUCAGCUGACAGCCUCCCCCGCCCGCCCGCCCGCCCGCGCCGCUUGCGCGAAGCCCGGCUCGCAGCCGCAGCAGCUGUUCGGCCAAGGCGCCGCCAAAGCAGCAGCAGCAGCAGCAGCAGCCGAGUCCGGGGCCAAAGCUCCAGCCCGGCCCAGCGCAGCUCAACCCGGCAUGAAGAACUUGCAGCUGACGGAGGCGGAGACCCGCUGGAAGCGCUUCUGCCUGCAAGAAUUGCGCGGCAUCCAGAAGCUGAAGCGCAGGAGCCGGCCGGGCUGGCGCGGCGGGAGGGGCCGGCCGGGGGUCCCGGAGCACGUGCGCCCGCCUUCCCCGCCACCCCCGGGUUUCCCCCAAGGCGGGCCAGGCGCCGGGGGUCUGCCGGGGGUCGAGGCGCCCUUCCCGGCGGCGCUGCGCUGCCCGGGCUCGUCGCUCUUCCCCGAGGAGGAGGAGGAGGAGGAGGAAGAGGAGGCGGGGUCCGCGGGGGUCCCGGAGAGCCCCCUGCCCGCCCUCCUGCCUUCCCGGGGCUUGUAUAACGGCGGCGGCGGCGAGGGCUCCGCCUCGCCUCGCAAGCGGACAAGCGACCCGGCCGGCGGCGGCGCCGGCUCGGAGAUGAAAGCGCUGCAGCAGACCCGGAGGCUACUGGCCAACGCCCGCGAGAGGACCCGGGUGCACACCAUCAGCGCCGCCUUCGAGGCGCUCCGCAAGCAGGUGCCCUGCUAUUCCUACGGGCAGAAGCUGUCCAAGCUGGCCAUCCUCAGGAUCGCCUGUAACUAUAUCCUCUCCUUGGCCAGGCUGGCCGACCUCGACUACAGUGCCGACCACAGUAACCUGAGCUUCUCCGAAUGCGUGGAGCAGUGCACCCGAACCCUGCAGGCCGAAGGCCGGUCCAAGAAGAGGAAGGAAUGACAACCGGAGGGUGGACUGAGCAGAAGAACGGAGCAGAUGAUUCGUUCCCGUCUUCUCAGAAGCACCCGUGUCCCCAAUGGAGGGAGCAGAAAGCAUCUGUCGUUUGAAGACCGUCUACGGGAACACCCAUUUGGAGAAGAUGGAGACCUUUCCUUCUGCGGUUUUCUUCUGAAGCCCACCUCGUUUUAGUAUCUGUGGAGAAGCUUCUCCCUCUGCUCCGUAGCAAAGACCAGCCCCCAUUGUAAUGACAUUGCAAGUGCCAAAGAGCUGGUUGCGUUUCUGUAUUGCCUCCUCAAAUCCAGAGAUUAUGAUCCAUACAUUCUGUAAAUUUCAGUGGCCAGCCAUAUAAAUCAGGGGUCUGUUGAGAUGUGGAAGAAGUCGUGGUUUCUUUUGGUGGAAUGCACGUUCAAAAUGUGUAGGUCAGGGGUGUGUCACUCCCGGUUCGGUCUGGUUUGACUGAACCGGUGGUGGAAUUCAGGCCUGGGUCACAGAACCGGCAGCGACUCAGGCCUGACACACACACACACACACAAACCAGUUU